AUGAUUGAUCACAGGCAUAUUCAUAUUCACUUUGAUUUGGAAGAAGAUUUUCACUGUUGUUGGAUCAAGGGGUUGUGGUCUUUUGAUCACCACAUACUGAGGGUUCUCAAAUGGACACCACAAUUCAAUCUAGCAUAUGAAUCAUCCAUUGUACCAGCGUGGGUUGCAUUCGGAGCAUUGCCGAUCCACAGAUUUAAUGAAGAAUAUUUGAGAGUAUUGGCUAGCAUCAUAGGAACACCUCUCAAAAUCGAUGUCCUGACUCUGAAUUUAUCAAGGCCAUCUAUUGCUCGUGUAUGUGUGGAAGUUGAUCUACUCCAUGAAUUUCCCAAGAGAAUUCGUGUUGGCACAGAGGAACUUUCAUACUUUCAACCAAUUACAUAUGAGAAUCUUCCAGAAUACUAUUUAGAGUGUGAAAAGGUCGGGCAUGCUUCAAAAGAGUGUCGACAUGGGAAAGCUAGGGUUUCGCAGCCAACAAAUCCGAAGGUAAUUUUGACCAAAAAUGAUAAGCAGACUACCAACACAAAUGUUCACAGCAAUGUCUGGAAACCAAAAGGAAAAAACUCAGAAGGGCCUGUUAUUAUAGAGGAAAUUGGGAUGAAAGCAUCUUCAUCAGAGUUAACAGCGAAAGAAAAAGAGCGGAUUCCGAUUGAUGUGGAAGCCAAAGCGGAGAUAACUGAUGACCGGGCACUUGAAGAGGAGAAUGGGGAGUCUCAAAUUGAAAAGGAGCAGCUUAAUGAAGUACUUAACAGAGAUGAUGACUCAGAAUCAGAACCGGAACAGUACAACAAGGAAACAUCAUUCAGUCAGGAAUCAGGGAAAUUGAACUCAACUGCAUAUGCUCGCGAUGACAAUGCAAUUAGAAUGUAUCAUGAAGCUGGUAUGAACUUCCUUCACGAAUAGUGGUAUUGGAUCAAGAAGGGAAAAGGAAG